GUCUUUGACUUUUUGACUGAGUGUGCGCACUCAUUUCUGUGGGUCAAUACAAUACGUGCAUUCGCUUCCACCCCACCCGCUGGCACGCACACCACAGAAAAACGACCACGAACAAACAGCAUGAUCGGGCUGCGACGCUUUCUUUCUCCUCAACACAACACACAGCCCUACGCAUUCCUCUCCUCGCCUAACUGCCCACCCUCUCCGCCGGCCUUCUUCCCGCCCCCACUCAGGCUGGGGUGUCUGCGUGUGUGCCCUUGGCCGCCGCCACUAUCGCUGUCGUCAUGCUUGUCGCCGUCACCCUCGUCGUUGUCCUCCUCGGCUGAUGCGGAUUGGCAUAAGGGCAUCUGCGGUGGGCUGGGCUGUCUUCCCCUUCCCCUCGUGUGUACCUCCGCUGUCCUCUCCGUCGCUGUCGCCGUCCAUAUCAUCCCACCAGCCGCCAUGGCCGUCGGAAUCUACACCAAACACAAAGACAGACAGACAAGUAAAUGCCACCCAUCCAUCCAUCCAUCCAUCCAUGGCCACCAUAUAGAGGUGUCCCCUCCCUUCCCCUGUCCGCACCGCUAUCAUCGUCAUUGUCAUCAUCUACUUGUCUGUCGAUGACGUACGGCGCCACUCGCCCCAGCGCCACACGGGCCAGCAGAGUGGUCACGGGGAAGCAAUGCUUGAAGGCGCCACCAGCAUCAGCCACAGGUGCCUCGGUCGUCGCGACACGAACGUCCACUGCAGACGGACGAGAGAGAACAACACGUGACACCAGCGGAGCUGCCUGUCUGUCGGCCUCACCGGUGCCGUCCGUCCAUUCCAAAAGGCUAAUCCAUGCGAUGAAGGGGUGGCUGCUGUCGGUGAGCACCAGGAACCGCACACGACAAAUGCUACCGUGCCAGCCGGGGCCAUCUUCACGGCUGAGUGUGGUAGUGCAGCCGGCCACCGGUGUAUGGGGCGACUGGGUAAGGAGGCCAUCCAGACGGCCGCCACCGACGUACCUGAACCAAUCACACACACAUAAACACACAGACACCCAAUCAAACACGCACCCCUCUCGCCACUUGGGCCAUUGGUGUAUUACCUGUUGAGCACAUUCACUGUGCUAUUGGUCUGGUGAGUCGAGCUGAAGUGUUGGAGGAUUGUGCGCUUGGCGAACGACGACAAUGACGCAUCGGUGGACGGGAAGCCCGACACCCAUUGGCUGAUGUCGCUCCGGUAGUUGAUGCCGCCCCGGUAGCAGAUGCGGCUGACCACUGGUGGGUCAUGCUGCUGUCGGUGCUGCUGAUACAGAUUGCCGGGGGGGAGGGGCGGAUUGAAGUCGAGUCGGAAGCCGGGCUCGUCCUUGAUGGCCCGCACCUCACCAUUGCCGUGGCGAACGAUCCGCAGGCAGCUGCCGUUUUCACCGAAGUCCACGUGGCGGCCGACCACCAU